AUGGAAGUAGCUGCGAUGGUGACGGGAGGUGGACCGGGUACGGCGGCGGCCACGAGGACCCCAUUCCAGCGCGAGGUUCGCGAGUGGCAGCAUGUCGAUCCAAAUACGGGCGCCCUGCUGACGGGCCGUCUCGAAGCGGACCGUUGGGUGAACGGACCUCUCAACAGCUAUGGCAAGAUGGUCUCACAAAACCUGUCCACCCCAGACGGUACGCAGCACACGCAGCGGAAGCAGAUGGAAAUCCUGCAGGCUCGCACAGCCGCCGGUUCACUGCAGGUGGUACGCGCACAAACCGUCCAAACGACCUCGUCCCGAUGGUCCUCGUCGAUGUUGCACUCGGAAGUGUCGGGAAGCGUUGGCGCCACCGGUGGUACUGGCGUCCCACAGCAACACCAGCACACCACGAACGGCUUCUCCAGCCAUCAUCUACUCGCGCCCUUCCAGCGAGCCCUAACCUCAGGAGGCAGCAGUAACACCAACGGCAGCAGACUGCUGGCAAAUUCCGGCAGAUCAAACGCCAUCAACCCACUGCCCGAUGCAUCGCCCGGAGCGACAUUCCUGAGCUCACCGAAAUCGCCUUUUGGGCGGUUUUCCAGCACCAAUCAAUCCGCGGUGUUGCAAACCGGCAGCUACUCGACCACCAGCACCACUGGUGGGCCAUCAUCACGAUAUGGACGACUGCAGGACGAGCGGCCCACCUACCAGCCAGCGCAUUCCGUUGCAGCCGAACCAGAAAGAAUCUGCGACUCCUCGCAAAAGUGCCUGAAUCCUGCGCGCCCGUCAUUCCGUGAAUGUCGAUCGUCCGAUCAACAGUCGACCGUGCUCGAAGUGACACUCGAUCCUGUCAUUCAACUCGCAUACUCCGAUCGACACUCGUCCGGCAGAAGGGCGAUUUCUGCCCCGGAUUGUAGUGGUGCUUUCUUUCGGAAAUUCGAGCAGUUCGAGCAGCGAUCGUCAACAGAGGGUGCAGGAAAAAGCAGCAACAGCAUCAACGGCAGCAAUUCGCUCGCCCGCGGCAAGAGCAUCUCGAUCGAGGACCUUUCGACCGAGCGUGACGAGAGCAACUUCGAUGACGACGUCGAGCCCACGCAGUGGAAGCGGGUGAGCAAAAUACGGCGAUCAUUACAGUUCCCAAGGAAAACCACCCCAAGAACCAACACCCGACCGGUUGAUUUGCCGGAAAACUCCGUGAGUGUGUCACGCAUCUGUCAGGAGCUAGAGAACGGUCGCCGUCUCAACACGGCCAUGCGCAACAAUCACAUCGACUUCGUGGCGUUGGACAACAUCCUGAAGAGCGUCACGGAUCAGCCACCGUGUGCCAGUCCGACGACUUCGCCGGUUGUGAAACCAUCCGACUCAUCCCCAAAGUCCCCACCGAGAGCGUCCUUUCUGACGGCGGAAUCACUGCGUGAGAUUCGUGGCCGCUUGCGUCGACUUAGCAACGAAUCGCUCUACCGGGACGAUAUGAGUCCUGCCGAUGAAACAGCUGGCGAUCGGCGCGGUAGUGCCGAUGGGGGAGUCACCAUUACUGAGGUUGAAACGAGACUUGGUCAGCUUGAGACAGGAGACAUGUCACCAUCAGAUGCUACGACCUAUCGGAGUCACAGUCUGCAGGCGAACAAAAAGCCUGGCCAGGAGACAGGAUCUUCCGCGUUUACACCUGAGGAUUGGCACUCGCGCAGGAAGUCGUACGGGUUCGAAAGGAUGAGUCAGCAACCGCUUGGAAGUGGGUUUGCGAUGGCCAAAAUGGACUCCUCGACGGACAGUGGCAUUGGCCGAUCGUCUGAUCUUUGUUCGAGCUGGUCAAGUGCUGCCACCGAUGGUGCUGGGUCGUAUCAACGAGCUACGAUCGUUACGUUAGGUGAGCGAUCUCCACUCAAGGAGAAACCUCCGGUUACACCGGCUACCAACGCGGCUAUGGUGAUCAAAAUCACGAGCAAACCUUCGGAGGAUACGUUCGCUUCUCCAGCGGAACAGGACGAACCGGGUGAACCGAAGCGACACUCGAUCGCGGUCGAUGAGACGAGUUACGUGCGGGAUAGCUUGCGUACGAUGUUCGAACGGAAGUCGUCAGUGAACGUGAACGGAUUCAGCCACACGUUUAUCGACGAACUGAGCCGUAAUAAGAAGCGCGUUGAGUUCUGUAAAACGGAAGUCCACUUUACGGCUGACUCCGGGCGUGUCAACAUCGUCGAAACGGAUGAGAAACCUCCACCAACGCACAACUUCCGGCGGCGUCGUCGAUCUUCCGGUGGUGCAUCUUAUUUGGGCUCGAGUCUUGAAGACGAAUCGGAAAGCGCUCGAGUGAAGCAACAGCAACAAGAUGGAACGUCUUCCACAGUAGGUUCAGAGCUCGCUGUUGAACAGGACACGCCUGCGAUUGUGACGACAACGAUCGGGAUUAGUCGACCAGAACCGACACCACGGAAGUACGUUCCUUCGACGUCCCUAGCGGCGAGUGCAAGUGUUUCAGGAACAACGGUGUCGGAUGAAAGCGAUGGUCACUCGACGGACGAGAUUUCGCUGCGCAGUAUCCUGAAGAACAAACCUGUCAAACCGAAACCGUACGUGCUGGGUGAGAACCUUGACAGUAAUGAAGCGUUGUGGGGCGUUAAGCUACGUCCGGUGGCCGUGUCAGGUGAAUCCGGAGCGAAACUGACCCCGGCUGAGGUGGGCCACGAAUCGAAGAGUUCGUCGCCUAUCGCGCCUGGAAGUUACUCGACGAAAGUGAACCUCACGCAACCGGCGUUGAGUGCGAGUUCCUGGGUUAGUGGCAACAACACUGCAGUGGAGAAAGCGAUCCUCAACGGUUCCAGCAACCUAAGUGAAUCGGCCGCAUCGAAGUCCACGACAAAGAUCCUGAUCGACAUGACAUCGGCUGGGGAGGACCUUAAGUCACCGGCUGCUCCACUCGGUGAUGAGCUAAAGUCCACCUCGCUGAUCAUGCGCACAAUGCGCGCUGCUACAAAGCUUGACGAAGCGCUCAAGAGUCUGCAAGCAUUUCGACGGGAUUCACUUGGCGAAAACGGACCCGUAGCUGGGUAUCACCGAGCUGUCGCAGAAUCGGUGUCCUCGGAUUCCCCAAAAACUCGCCGCCAUUCGGCGUUCUGCCAGCUGAACGGUGGAAGCAUCACCAACAGCAGCACCAGCAGCACGAUCAGCAGCCAAUCGAUCGCGAAAUCGAGCAGUGCAAGCAGUAUUCACGCGGACUACCCCAAACUGAGGGUGUCCUAUCCUAAGUAUGCGUCCUCACUCGAUGGAGAUGCCCAGGAGCGUGGAGUGAGUGGAUCUCGAUACGCAUCCGGAACAUCUGGGAGUUCACUGGCACCGGCAGUGAGACGAAUCCCGACGAGUGAAUCACGCCUGUCGGACUUUGAGGCAUACAUCAGCAAGAACUCGGUGCGUCGCUCGAGUACGGCUGACGACGUAGAACGGUUGAUUAGCAGACCAGUUGCGGCUCCACGACUCAAGAAGCUCGGUUCGACCGUUUUGAGUCAGCAGUUGUCGCAACUGCGCCGGUUGUAUGACGCCGCAGACCUAGACGAUAGCGAUAGUGACAGUGCCAAGGCUGAUGAGGAAGUUAAGCUGUACCUUGGGAGCUUAGCCGACGCCAGUACGUCCUCAUCAUCGUCCUUCGGACCAGCCACCGAGCUAUCCGGCAGCUGGAGCCGUCUUAAGGCGAAACGCAACAUACGCAAGUUCAGUGGCAGCUCUGCGGUGGCACAGGAUACGUCCUGUUCGGUGAACUCCUCCGCAGAGUUCGAGAUAGUGAAACCGUCGGCGCUAAUUAGCCGUCAGACGGUGAAACCUUCCGCGGUGAUGUCGAUCGAGCUGAAGAGCCCCACGCCAGCAAGGAAAACAGGCUCCUCAUACACCUCUAGUCCAGAUCCACCCGCAACGAAAGCGACAACGACAUCGAACGAUGAAUCGACGACAACUGCCCAUCGGGCGCCAUCUCCCAAAUUUCGUAGGCACAUCCCGGCCAAGGACACUGGUGGCCCACGUGGCACUGAGGAACGAGCCUCGCUCCGGCUGUCAUCAGGCGCGCGUCAAUUGCGCGAUCACGAACUGUCAUUUUUCGGCGUGAACCCGAACAAGCAGCAGUCGGCCGGUUCGACGGCUCGUCCGGUCGGUAAACCACCUGCGACGACCUCAACGACCUUCCAGCGAUCAGCCACACUGACGUCCUCCUUCAUCAGACGGUCUGGUGCGACCGAAACCACCGGAAAGUCCUCUAGCUGGCAGUUGACAAACGAUAAGCCGGAUUUGCUGCGCCACGGCCAACCGGAAGUGGGUGUUGAGCUGAAACCGCAGCCAACACAAACGCAAGUUCCAUCUGGCAGCGUUCGAACACCGACAGCCAGUGUCCUGCCGAGUGUUAGCGUGACCAGCAGCAGUAGUAGUGUGACGACCUCAACGCUUUCUUCCGGCGAUGGUCCACACUACGAGAAUUUGUCCGUUUUCGCACCGAAACCGAAAGCGGCCGUUCGUUCCAGCCCAUCAGAGGUGAAGGUGAGUGAGACGUUGACAUCAGGACAUGGAAGUUCCGCAUCUCCGUACGACCGCAGUAAGGACCUCGAGCGGGACGAGCGUAUUCUGGAGGAGCUGACGCGAGCCGCCGAUGAGAUCCUGAACGUGGUGAACAAUAUGUCGAAUGGCGAAAGCAUGGAGAGUAUCCUGAGCGAGCUGAACGAAGGCGGUGAUGGAAAACACCGGAGACUCUCGAAUGGCGGCUGCACACUCGGCACGAUCCGGGAGUGCGCGACUACGAACAAGAUCAUGAAAUCGCGUGGCGUUCAGGUGUCGAAGAACUUCGACGACAGCCUCAAACGUCACCAGCAGCGUCACCCCACGAGAGUAUCGUCAGCUUCAUCGAACGAGAGCAUCUCCCGUCGAUCGGAGGGAUCGUUCACAAGAAGCGUAUCCUUGCGGGGUCCUGCGAGUGGCUCCGUAGCGCCCCCUGGUGACAGUCUCUCAUCUCGCACACCUGGCAGUGGUUCCAGCCGUCGAAGCCGAGCUCCGUUGGCCGAAUCCCGCCGACUCGUGCGAAUGUGUAGCAAGGAAAAGCUUCAAUCGAAUGCCAGCUCGUCGGAGGAUCUUCCCAACAGUGGCGUCACGGAGCCACCACGUAGACCACGCCGGACACGCUACCACUCGAAGGACUCAAAGGACGUAACGAGCGUAACGAGCAACGGACAGACGAGUGGCAGACUCGAGCAACGCGUUACAGGAUCCUCCACGAGAUCGUACCGAAGCGAACGAUCGAACGGAUCAACCAAAGCCACCAGUUCUCGGCUGGGGCAGAGUGUCGUCUCGAACGGACAUAACACCACCGUACACCCGCUCCACGCCGCGUCCUGUCCCUCCUCACGCGGUCUCAAGCAGUCAACCGCAAACGGGCACCAUCACGCCCAGCUGGCGUCCUCCACCACCACAACGUCGUCGAAAAAACAUCACCGAUAACGCGGCGAUCGGCAGCAAACAUCCGAUGCGGUGAUAAUGGCCGGAAAGGCUCCCCGAAACUCAGCGUAAUCCGGAGCGAAGAUGUGCAAAUCAAAUGGAACCACGC